UGCCUCAUAUCAGCUGUUCUCGCACAGAUUUAUCUCGAGCGUUCUAAUUGCCGGUCGGCUUUGGAUCGGGGGAUUAAUUACUUGGCGGCGGCAUGUACAACUCGGCCAAGCAACUGCAGCGCGUACUAACCGCGCGCGAGAUCCGGAAGACGUUCCUGGACCACUUCACCGUCAGUCAUGGCCAUAAAUUCGUUCGCUCCAGCCCCGUGGUUCCUUUUUGUGAUCCCACGGUGGCUUUCGUCAACGCGGGCAUGAAUCAGUUUAAGUCGGUCUUCCUCGGCACCGCGGCAGCACCUCACAAACGAGUAGUCAACUCUCAGAAAUGCGUUCGCGUCGGCGGAAAACACAACGAUCUUUCCGUGGUUGGUUCAGAUGGAUACCAUCACACCUUCUUCGAGAUGCUGGGCAACUGGUCGUUUGGAGAUUACUUCAAGCGGGAAGCCUGCGCCAUGGCUUUGGAACUGCUCCGUGGCCCGUAUAACAUCGAUCCGGGACGACUCUAUGUUACCUACUUUGCAGGCGACAAGGUACUUGGCAUUCCCGCCGAUUUAGAGUGCUUCGAGAUCUGGAGGAGUCUUGGCUUUCCUGCUUCUCGGAUACUCCCCUUCGGCUGCAAGGAUAAUUUCUGGGAAAUGGGUGCCACCGGACCCUGUGGUCCUUGCACAGAAAUACAUAUAGAUCAUCGUCCUGACCUUGGAAGCGUGGUGCAGCGCGCCAAGUUGGUCAAUGCAGGUCGUUCAGAUCUUACAGAGUUGUGGAAUCUCGUUUUCAUACAAUAUAAUCGCCACGCUGAUGGUAGCAUUUCCCAAUUGCGUGCCCAUCAUGUGGACACUGGAAUGGGUUUCGAGCGCCUAACAGCUGUGUUGCAGAACAAAACCUCAAACUACGAUACGGAUCUGUUUACCCCGAUCUUCGAUGGGAUUCAGCAGGUGGCUAAAGCUCCAGUUUACGGCGGCAGCUUUCCGGAUAAUGGAAAUGAAGCCCUGUUGGACACCAACUAUAGAAUACUGGCUGAUCAUGCGCGUAUGGUAACUGCGUGCUUGGCCGAUGGCAUGCUUCCAGAUCAGAAUCAGAAACUUCGUCGCGUCCUUCGAAAGGCUCUAAACAUCUCAGAACAUGUUUUUGCCAAGGAGAACUUGUUAUCCCAACUUAUUCCCAUUGUUGUGGAAACCCUAGGAGAAGCUUACCCCGAGAUGUCUGCAAAGCAACAAGCUGUUAUAGAUCUCAUUCGUCAUGAGCAGGAGGUGUACAAAAAUCUGCGAGAAAGCUCUUCCAAAGCCUUCGCUGAGGUGCUUACAGAAUUCCCAAAUUUGGAUGAUAUUGAUUUGAUGGAGUGUCCUGGUUUUGUUCCCGCCUACCGGGAGUUCCAGGUGCAGCGAUCCAAGUUCCCCAACAACACCAUACCAGGGGACUUUCUGUACAAGCUGACUGAUACUUACGGCCUGACAGAAGAGAGCUUCCUGAAGCUGGCGGAGCUGGAGAACAUGAACUGUGAUUUGGAGCGGUACAGGGCAGAGGUGUCGCUAGCCAAGAUUAAAGCGAAAAGCAUUCAAAGAGAAGAAGGAGCAUCCCUCUGUGAUCUAGUUGGCGAACAGCGCAUUGCAGAGGCACAGGCGAAGAUGACAAAGCGCCUGCCAGCCACCGACAACAGUCACAAGUAUUCGUACUCCUUCGACAAGGAGACCGGCUCGUACACAAUUCCUGAACUCAAGAGCCGUGUGGUGGGGCUGCUGCUUAACGACGCAGAAGUGUCACGGACCCAGGGAAGCCGCCUACAGGAUCCCACGACCGAUACCAUCUCCCUUGUCACCGCCGCAAGCAACUUUUAUUACGAAUCUGGAGGCCAGCAAUCGGACAGCGGAAAGAUCCUAGUCAAAAAUACCCACCAGCCAGAUCAGCCGCAUCUUCUGGAUGUGAUCAGCGUGAAACAUCUUAACGAUUGUGUUGUGCAUGUGUGCCGGUUGUCCAGCCCCGUAGAUGCCUUCGAGUUGGCCAUUGGAGACGAUGUGGAAUUGGUGGUGGAUUCCGCGCAAAGGCAACUCAAUACGUGCCAUCACACAGCCACCCACCUUCUGAAUGCUGCCAUCCGUACGCUGUUCAACAAGGUCACCUACCAGGUGUCAAGUUCCGUGACCAGCGAUCAGUGUAAGCUGGAGGUGGGAUUACUGGGAAAACGCAUCACGAAAAGCGAUGUGCAGCUCAUUGAAGAUUUGAUUAAUCGCAUCAUCUGUUCGGCUACUCCUGUUGAUGUUGAACUACUCUGUGCUGCUGAAGUGCUGCAACAGAACGACAUAACAAUGGUGCCUGGAGAGGUAUAUCCGGAGCAGGGACUGCGUCUGGUUCAUGUGCAAUCUCCCGAACUGCAUCUGAACUCCAAAGAGCUGUGCUGUGGCACCCAUGCCACCAAUACCAGUGAGCUUUCAUGCUUCUGCAUCGUGAACCUCAAGCAGACGAACCGAGCGCGUUUCUCCUUCACCGCAGUGGCUGGCCAGGCGGCGGAGAACGUCCUGAAAACGGCUGCCCUGCUACGCCAUCGUGUGGAUCUCCUUGAAAAGCAGUUCCAGACGGACAAACUGACGAAUGCCACGGAGGCGGAGCUGCAAACCAUUCGCCACAACAUGCUGCACACAGAUAUCAAGCUGCCAUAUGCCUUCAAAAUGGACACUCUGGAACGCAUCACAGAGAUGCUGAAGAGGAUUAAGGAAUCGUCACGCACAACCUUAAAAGAAUUUGUUGAAGUGGAAAUGCGAAAUCUGCUGCAAGAGAAGCCACAAGAAACACAUCCAUUCAUUCUGCACUACAUCACCAGCUCGGCUCUCGUAGAGGAGAUUCCUUUGCAACGGGCCACCAAACUCUGCCAGGAUCGACCCAUCCUGGUGGUUAGCAUGUGCGACAGCGUGGUCAAGGCGCGAUGUUGCGUCCCACCCAGCUGCGCCACAGAUAAGUUCAAUGCUUCCGCCUGGCUGCAAUCCUUCGCCGACACUUUCGGAGGACAGGUUGCGGCUCCCAAGGGCCAGGAUCCUCAGGUCGUGUGCAACAUGAAGGGGCGCCGGGUCAACAACCAGUUCGAAGAGCAGUUGGAGCAAGCAAUGGCCAAGGCGCACGCCUACGCCAAGCUGAAUCUUUAGGUUAAAAUAGUUGUGAUCACCCUCCAAAAUGGUUAGGCUGAGAGCUUGCCAUACAAAUGUUUUCUAUUGUGAAGAGCGAAUAAAUCGCAAAAUUAUUAA